GGGCUGAAAUUUGAGAUCUCAGCCUUGCGAGGAGAGGUUGGAGAGAGAGACACAGAAAGACAGAGACAGAAAGAGAGAAUUCAGUUGCCUUUGGUUUUCCGAAGCAGGCAGCUUGCGGGUUUGGGGGGUGUGUGUGUGUGUGUGUGCGUGUGUGUGUCUUGUUUUCUUUCCUCCCCUCUGGCAGGGAGGCCAGGCCUCCACUGGAUCAUAAAAGGACUUGGAGGCGAGGCAGGCAGAGCAGCAGCGUGCGGACACGCGCGAGGAGGCAGGAAAGGAAAGAGGGAAGAGUAGAGGUGAGGGGGUGUCUGGGGGCGGGAGCGUGAGGCGGUGGGAGGAAGCGGAGCAGCUGUGGUAUUUGGAGCAAUUAUAAAUAGCUGCCUGGACAGAGCUUGGCCAAACAGGGCUUUGCAGCUGCGGCGGCUGUGCAGGCAAGCCUGGCCACUGUUGGCCAGCGGCGGGUGCAAACAGGGCACAGAGAUAGGUGGUGGACAGGCCCAGCCCCAGGGCUCUGACUCAACACCCCUCGCCAUCGCCACAUCUCUGGAUGCCCUCCCCACCAGCCAUGCUGCUGGGUGGCCUCCUUCUCAUUGUGGCCUCUACAACUGUGGCCCAGCGGAGGGGGCAGGAGGCCGCUGGGCGCCGCCGGGCCCACCGAGUCCAGCAUGGCCAAUGCAGCUACACCUUCGUGCUGCCAGAGCCUGAGCCCUGCCCACCCGAGCCCGAGGCCUUUGGGGGCUCUAACAGUCUCCAGAGGGACUCCCCGGCGGCCACACUGAACCUAGGAGACUGGCCAAGCCAGCGGAUGCGACAGCUGGAAAAAAUGCUGGAGAACAACACGCAGUGGCUGCAGAAGCUGGAAAGGUACAUCCAGAUGAACCUGAGGUUGGAGCUGGCACAGGCCCAGCAGCACAUGGUCCAGAACCAGACAGCCACCAUGCUGGAGCUGGGCACCAGUCUCCUGACCCAGACCACCGCCCAGACCCGCAAGCUGACCGACGUGGAGGCUCAGGUCCUGAACCAGACGUCACGAAUGGAGAUCCAGCUGCUGGAGACCUCACUGUCCACCAACAAGCUGGAGAAGCAGCUGCUGCUGCAGGGCCAUGAGCUCCACCGGCUGCAGGGCCACAACAGCGCGCUGGAGACGCGGGUGCAAGCCCUGGAGACGCAGCAGCAGGCGGAGCUGGCCAGCCUCCGCGGCGAGAAGGAGCGACUGCGGCGCCUGCUGGGCCGCCAGAGCGGCGCCCUCGCCGGCCUCGAGCGCACCCUGCGCGCCGCCAGCAGCAACUCCAGCCUCCUGCAGCGCCAGCAGCACCAGCUGCUCGAGUCGGUGCAGCGCCUGGUGCGCGUCAUGGCCCAGGGCCCGGCCUCCAUGAGGGCAGCUGACCAGCUGUUCCAGGACUGUGCAGAGAUCCAGCGCUUUGGGACCAAUGCCAGUGGCAUCUACACCAUCCAUGUGGCCAAUGUGACAGAGCCCAGAAAGGUGUUCUGUGACAUGGAGGCCAGUGGAGGUGGGUGGACGCUCAUUCAGCGCCGUGAGAAUGGUAGCGUGAAUUUCCAACGGAACUGGAAGGAUUACAAACAGGGCUUUGGCAACCCAGCCGGAGAGCACUGGCUAGGCAAUGAAGUGGUGCACCAGCUCACCAGUAGGGCAACCUACUCUCUGCGAGUGGAGCUGCAAGAUUGGGAAGGCAACGAGGCCUACGCCCAGUAUGAGCACUUCCAGCUGGGCAGCGAGGCGCAGCUGUACAGGCUUUCUCUGAGUGGGUACAGCGGCUCAGCAGGGCGCCAGAGCAGCCUGGUCCUCCAGGGCACCAACUUCAGCACGCGCGACGCAGACAAUGACAACUGCCUCUGCAAGUGCGCCCAGAUGCUGUCUGGAGGGUGGUGGUUUGACGCCUGUGGCCUCUCAAACCUCAAUGGCAUCUACUACCCGGCCCGUCACCACGUGCGCAAGCUCAACGGCAUCCGCUGGCACUACUUCCAGGGCCCCAGCUACUCGCUGCGCGCCACUCGCAUGAUGGUGCGCCCCUCGGGCAUCUAAGGGGCAGCCACGCCUGGAGGCUGGUCCCAAGGGAGGACAUGGCCAUGGUAUCCCCUGGACAAGCCGGACUCGAACACAGGACACAAUGCCAGGACCCUGUCCCGGACAGCCUGGGGGUCCCCUGAGCCAGCCCUCCUUGCCCCAGGAGUCCAGAAGAGUCGCCUCUGGCCCUUUUCCCCUCAAGUUGUGAAAUGGUGGAUGUUUGGGGGUUCCUGCCUCUUCAGUGUCCCUUUUUCCUCUUCCCUCUUGUCUCCUUCAGGGACCUCCUGCCCACCUGAGGGUUGCAGUAUCCUGAACAAGCGGAGAGCAGAUUUAACUGGGCUCUGCAAAGGAAUAUGCAGCUAGUGGUGGAAUUUCAGGCAAGUGGGAAGGUAUUUACAGGAGGAAACCAUGCAGGUGGAGGCCCAGAUUCUGUCCCCGGGUUGUUGGGAAGGCCAUCUCUUAUUCCAAGCUUUCUCACAUCCUUGAACUUUCUGUUCAAGACUGAAGGAGCUGUGUCCCCCUAUAAUGGGAAUCGCCAUUUGCACCCACACUGUCCAUCACUCCUAGGCCCCAGCAUCUAAAGCUCAGACAUGGCUUCUCAGGGGCUCCAGGAGAUCCAAGAGGUACUCCUUUACCCCUAGAAUGUUCUAGAAUAUGUUCCAGAGAGAAUAAAGGUGCCUGUGGUCUAAUGAGGGAGGAAACACCAGGUUAAACCAAUGUAGACACAUUGUCAGAGCCAUCACUGUGGUCAUGAAAGGGCUAGAGUGGGCCACUUUCCCCAAAUUUACUUAUUUGAAAAUGGGACCUGAUUAUCUCAGAGCAUCUCCUGGGGCUGUGGAUGCCUUUGGAGAAAAUUGGUUCUCCCGAGUCAUGAGUUAAACCCCAGGCCCCAUGCCCAUCCCCAGCUGUUUUCACCAUUUUCAGCGAUGAGGGCCACCAUGACAUUUUCAGACAGCCUCUAAAAACAACUGGAAGGAGGCUUUGGGUUGAAACAGACAUGCUGUCACUGAAGAAGAGUCUAGAACUAAGUCUUUGGUCUUAGAACUAAGCGCUCCAAGGCUUCUCUGACCCUAGGAAGCCAGUUUUCUGGCUGGGGCUGCCGUCCACCCUUCUUGUGUCCCCAACUCAGGCCAGCUCUCAAGUUUAGGGACUCUUGGGGACUGCCCACUCUGUCUUGAGCAGGAAACCAAUCGCUAGGUCCAGAUCCUUCCUGCCUCCAAACCAGAACUCCUAGUCUCCUCUCUCAUCCAAGAGCGAUGCUGCAGUUAUCCAUGGAGACUGGGCUUUGCUGAGUCUGGGCAACCAGGGGCUCCUCAUGAGCUUCUUUCAGAGGAGAGGAGCUGAGAGGGGCCAUGGCCACUCUGCCACCCACUCCCAUUACUGUGUCACUGGCCUGAAUCCUGAUGAGGCCACUGAAGCCCUGUCGUCCUCAGCCGACACCUGGGCCCAGCCAGGACCGAUCUGCCCUCCCGCCCGGACACCCCUCUUUCUUCAGAAGGUUUUCUCCUGCAUAAGGCUGUGGGGUGGAAACAGAGCACCUUGGUUUUGCCUGGCUCUGCCCCACCUCCUGAGUCCCACCUCUGCCAAUCCCCUGAGUCAGUCCAGCACAAAUUAGUGCUGAUCUUCUGGGAAACCAAAGGGUGUGGUUGCUAAAGGUGGCAUUUCAGGCAGGAGGGAAAAGUACCUAGGGGCAGGUUGCUGCCCAGAAGGCUGACACCACCUUAUCCAGCAUUUGCUAGGCGAGCCUUCAUUUAGCAUCUACUGUAUGCAGCGUGGUGCCGUGGGCAGGACUUUGGAGUCAGACAGACCUGCUGCGGCUCUUGAGCUUGAAACCAGUGGUCCUGCAUCUCAAGGUCUAUCGUCUGGUCUGUGAGAUGGAGAUGGUGAUUCUCCCUCCUCACUGUGCUGGGGCAGGAGGAAAUGAGACUGUCUUUCAGCCUCUUAGCAGAGCCCAGCAGGAAGCAGGUGCCUAAUAAAUGUUAGUUCCCAAAGAAGUGAAUGGGGUGGAGAAAUCAGCCCUAGUAGUACAUACCAUCCCUUCUCCUGGACCUAGGGAAGUUAAGUGCUUUAUCUUUGUAGCUACAGCAUUUUUUUUUUUUUCACUGCAAGUGUAUAGGCACUGCUGGGAGCCCCAGGAACAGAGCUCCUCUGGGUGGGGCGAAGGCUCCAAUCUCUACCUGCAUUCCAGUUGUCUAAAAACACCAAGAACCCAAUUGGGGUAACCCUCACAUAUCUCUUCUUUAAAAUGUCCAUCCUUCCUUUUUAAAUUUCCUUCCUUCUCUGUGCCAGGAUUCUCAAGUGCAAGGGACAGAAAACUUAUCCUGAGGAGUGGACUGACUCACAUACAGGGAGUCUAGAGAUAGAUUCAGGUGUGGUUAGAUCUGGGUGCUCAAAUGAUGUCACUCCUCACCUCUCAGGCCUGCCAUCCAUCAUGCUGACCUCAUUCUCCAUCAGGUUCUCUCCUGACGAUGGCUCCAGCAACCGCAGGCUCGUGUUCUGCCUGCUUAACAUCCCUCAGCCAGAAAGCUCCCCUGUCCCAGUGAUUCCAACAAGAGCAGGAUUCUUUCCAGCCAGGACUCGUCCUAUGUCCAUCCUUGCAUUUACCACUGUGAUUCUGAUUGACUGGACCUGGGUCAUAUGAUCAUGCCUAGAACCAGGGACUGAGGUCAGUCCCCUCCAAGGCAUUGGAUUGGCCUUGGAGAAAAUGAGGAGCCGCUUCAGGAAGCAGGGAUGCUGGGCAGUUGAGAACAGGGGUUCACUUUUUCUCCUUCCCUCUUGCAGAUUCCUGGCUCUCAUCUCUAUCCCUGCCCCUUCUCCUAGCCUCCAUGCCCCCACAGCCUGUCCCUCGGGCUCUAGCUAAUCCCGGUUUGCCCCAGACUAUCAAGGACACUGCUGUGUCCUGCCCAGAGGUGUCACAUCCUAAUUCACAGUCCCGGCUCUGCCCCUGGAGCAGCACCCCUGGCCCUCUCUGAGCCUUUACAGUUCCCAUCUGUGCUAUAAGGACAGAGCACCUGCGGAUGCCUAAAAGACAGCAACACUGACUCACCACAGCUGUAGACAUGAACAGAUAAAGGACUUUGAGCGCACAGGGCCCUGGGGCCUAGCUGGCAUGUCCUUGGCCUUGGCUGGGUCUCCUGAAGCCACUGCUUGCAGAAACUGCAAGGAUACCUACAUCUGCAGGUGCCUACCUAGAAGCCUUGUCACCUCUCUCUGCAUCAGACCAGCACUCUCCCCAUCUUAGCAAUGAAGAAAUUAGAGCUCAGAGAGGGGAAAGAGUUUCAUCCAAGUAGCUGAGCCAACACCACCUCCAGUGCACUUGCAUCUUUUUGUUGCCUCCCUCGUCGAGAGCUCUCUGGAGGCAUCUUGGCAUCAACCACAAAAAGGCUGGAUUGGUGUCCUCUCCACCUAUAUCAAGGGCUGAAUGAACCUUCUGGAAAGUUUUCCAAGACUACUCUGUAUUUCCCACUGGUGUCUGGUAAAUCCCAGUGGAGCCAGGCAGGGAGAACACAUUAUUCCUGAGAUCUCUGCAUGUUUCCAGCAAAGGCAGUUUCCACACUGGGGAAGAGUUCACUGUGCACAGCCCAGAAACAGCAACCAUGGGUGGGGUACGAGGUGGCCCUUUGCAGGGGGCAGGGGAGCAGCCAGCAUCAGGAUGGUUUGUCUCAGUAGAAAAGGGUAUUUGUCUCCUUUUUCCGGACUGUCCCCCCUCCACAGUGUCCAUGUGGGCCUUCACCUCUCUCAUGAAAGAUGCUUUGGAAAGCUAACAGUGUUGCCUUGGCAACAGCAGCAUCAGCAUCUUUUGAUGGAGCAGCCCUUCAGAGAAUGGAGCCUGAUUCAGGCCACAACCAGCAUAAAUGUGUUACUUCUUGUGUUAGAUUAAUGUGUAACGUAUCCUAUGAGCUGCUGUUGGAUGUGUCCAGAGAGCAGGGAAGUCCAAUGGCCUUUAGCAUCCCAUACUUUCCUACCCUCCCCUGUAAGACCUCUCUGAGCCUCACUUUCCUCAUCUGUACAAUUGGGAGACUGUGAUCUAGUCACAGGGAAGUCGUGCAGAUUCAGGGCAGUGGUGAAUGUCCAGGCUUGGCACGUUCACUCGGGAAUUUAUUCAUUCAUGCACAUAUCCAUGCAUUCAUAUAGCGGGUAUGUACUGAGGACCUGCCUGGGCCAGAGCCUGCCUCAGUGACGGGGAGGGAGCAGCAAACAAGACAGACAGAAAGACAGACAGCCACAGUCCAGACAUCAUGGUGCUUAAGAGACUAAAGGGAAAGACUCACCAAAAUCAAAAUUUUUUAAAUUUAAAUUAACUGAUUCGUUAAUAUAUUAUAAGUGAAGAAAAUAAAUAGGAGCUAUAGGUAAAAGAUUUCAGAUGGUCCAACUGGGCAGGAUAAUCAGGGAAAGACUCUGAAGAAAGUCACUUAAGUCAAGGACCAAAAGUGAGAAACAGGCUGUCAGGUGAGGAGCUGUGGGAAGAGCUCUCCCACUGGAGGGAACAGCACGUGCCAAGGCCCUGGGGUGGUCAUGAGGAACAGUCAAGAAGUUAGUGCGGAGGAGGAGUGAUGCCACUGAGUCAGUACUGCCACUUCCCAGUGAGCUGGGGAGAGGGGGGAGAAGGUGCCCCCAGCACCUUUAUCAGAGAUCAACUCCUUGCCCAGUGCCCACCAAAAGCUGGAUUCAGCAGCACUCUGAAUGGACCUGCGGAGCUGAGACAAAUCCCUGCCCCUCUCUGGACCUCAGUUUCCUGAUCUGUAAAAUGCAGGAGAGGGAUCACCUCUAUCUGAAAGUCUUUCAGAUCCUGGGUCAAGGGCCCUGGAGGGCCCUGUGUCCACUUCCCUGAGCCACCAAGGGAAUCAAAAGGAGGCAGAGAAAAUAAAAGGCUUGCCCUUGGGCUAAACGGGAGUUAGGGGGUCAGCCAGGGGGGGCUUGUGUGGGAAUGAGGGGCUUUAACCACGUGCCUCCUUGUUAGUUCUACACACGUCGUUUCUGAAUGUUAGCAGGUUCUAUUGUUGCCCCCAAUUUACAAAUGUGGAAAUUGAGGCUCAGAGAAGUAAAGUUCCUUGCCUGAGGUCAAACAGUGAGUUCUGGUUCAGGCUAAGCGGCUGUAGCAGAAAGACUCUAAAACUCAGUGAGUUAAAUGUUUCUCUUUUGUGUGAGUCUGGAGUUGAGUAGUCUGUGUCUAGUGGGCGGCUCUGCCAUCCUCGACCAUAGCUGCCUUCUCUGGGACCAGGGCAGCUGUACUCAAAGGUGACACUUCCCAGCUGGCAGGAAGGGAGGCAGGACAUCCAGCACCGCUUCCUCUCCAGCACCUGCCCUCUCACCCCAGCCUCAUGUUUUGCCUGGAAGAUCCCAGCAGCCUCCUCAUGGGGCCCCAUCUCCAGGUGUGCUCCCUCCUGGCCUAUAGUCAUGGCACUUCCCCUGUCUAGAACCUUCAGUGGCUCCCGAGUACCCUGAGCUCAGCCUGUAAACAGGACUUUAUCACUCAGCUCAACCCUUCCCCAGCUCCACCCCUGCUCGAGGGAUUCUUAACACUGGAGUUCAGAGGCUUCCGGUAGAAAGCAUUCCUCCUGAAGAAAGGGUCCCAGAUGGCCACCAGGUAUCCUGGAAGAAUUGUCCAUUUCCACUUGACCUUUAUGUCCCUAUUGCAUGGAAGGCAGGGCCCAACAUGCAGCAGCUACUCUUUCUAAGUAACACAGUUCAUUGGUUCAGCCCUCUGAUAUCUGCAGAGAGCUGGGUCCCCAUCCCACCUCUGCCCCUUUCAAGCAUCACGCUGGAGCCUCCAAAAUCCCCAUGAAGUCGUAGUAAAUUGUGGACCCCUAUAACUGGGCCUGUACAUAGUAAGUUCUCUGUGAUGCUGUCUCCAAUUAUUUCUCUAUACCAGGCACACCAUGGAGAAUUUCCCUUAGAAUAUCUGGGGAAGCCCUGUAAUGACCAUGGAAGAUAGGUACAAUUAUCAUCUUCCCAUUUUACAGAUGGGGGAACUGAGGCCCAGAGAAGCCAAGACACACAGUGAGGAGACAGUUUUGGACCCCAGUGACCUGCUCCAGAGCGUGUUCACCCUAUGACCAAGGUUAAAGGAAAAUAAAUAUAUACAUAAGCAAUUGCUGAGUUCAAGCUGGCCAGCGCUUGAAACACACAGGAAGACAAAGGCCCACUGUCUCCGCUGGAUCCCCCUGGGGCAGGGAUGUGAGCUUCCUUCCUGCUUCUGACUUCCUGACUCCCCUGCCCUGGCUUCGGAACACAUGACCACAGCCCCGCCACCCCCAGCUCUUCUGCGAGUAGGACUUAGCUUUUCUCCUUGUCAAUUUCCUUGGCCUUCUCCCCAUCCCCUCGCCCCCCUCCCCGACUUCCCCCUGCCCAGCACAUCCUGAGCAAGGGGGGAGGCAGAGACAGGUCACACUUGCCAAUUCUAAGCUGGAGAGCAGGGGAGGGCCAUGGGAGGCUGGGAAGCCCCCUGGCUGGCUGAGGCCUUCCUCUCAGUCUGGGAGAGGUGUCAGGACCACGGUCACCCAGGCCUGGCUGGUCACAAGUCACAGGGGACUGGACCCCUUCCCUCGCUGGGCCUCACUCUCCUCAUCCAUAGCAUGAGAGUGAGCAGCCCAGCCCUGCUAGAUGCACGGAAUUGUUGUGAGACUCAAGUAAGAUCGUUCCUUCCCUCAACAAAUGUCUACUGAAAUACCAGCUGUGUGCCAACAACUAGGCAAUGCCAACACAGCCAUGAACAAGACAGACACACCUGCUCUAAAGUGCCUACAGUCUAGGGUGGGUGGGAGGAGACAGAAACACAAUAACAAAACAGCAAAAACAGCCCAGUGACUGUGACAGGUGAACUACACGGUGCUCUUGGAGCAAGCCUGGCAACCCAGGGAAGGCAUCCUUGAAGGACAGGAGGUUAGGUGAAAGACAAGAAAGAGGGUUCCCGGCAGAGGGAACAGCAUGUGCAAAGGCCCAGGGGCUGGUUCAGGGGAAAGCUUCAGAAUAUUCAGGGAGGGAAGGAAGAGGCUGGAACUCUGACAGAGGCAGAGAUAGGUAGAGCCAUGGGUGCCAGACAGAGAAGACAGGAAGAUGCAGUCUAAAUCAAAGGAAGCCAGGGCUGUCAGGGAGCCCAGAGCCUCCAGCCUCUCCCAUCCUUCAGUAUGAGCAGGGAACCUUGACCAAGUUACUUCCCCACUCAGAGCUUGGGUUUUCACUCCCCGUGAAAGAGGGAUCACAGUACCUAUUUCACCAAGACUUUUGAAGAUGAGAGAAAAUCUAUCUACUAUACAUAAAAGGGCUUCCCAGGUGGCACUAUUGGUAAAGAACCUGCAUGCCAACGCAGGAGACAUAAGAGACAUGGGUUCAAUCCCUGGGUCGGGAAGAUCCCCUGGAGGUGGGCAUGGUAACCCACUCCAGUAUUCUUGCCUGGAGAAUCCGAUGGACAGAGGAGCUUGGAGGGCUACAGUCCAUGGGGUGGCAAAGAGUCAGACACGAGUGAAGUGACUUAGCACACACAUACAUCGAAGUCCUGUCCCAGUGCAAAUGACUUCUUCACAGAGGAUGACCACUUUUAUUCUCAGCGCAGCUCAUGGCAUCUCUGGGUUUCCCCCUGUUUCUUGAACAUCUGUCAUUGUUAACACUUGGUAGCAGACAAGUGGGAAUGAACCCCAAAUGUUUUAGGGAAAUGUUUGCAUGUAGAAGAGCUAAUCCAUGCAUUUGUUCUUUUUCCUGUCAUUUGAGAAAGGACCCCAGGGUUCCACAGGAACCUAGUUUGAGAACAAUAACCCAACAGACUGGCAGAACCACAGAGGAGGAUCUAACAAAGCUGACAUCUGUGUAACAGGUUUUGAUGACUGUAAUAAAAGCCAAAGAGCAUAACAUGUAUUAGCCCGUAACUGAAAACACCAAAAGGAAAUCGGAUACCAUGGAAGGGAGCUGGGAAGGGGGACUAGGGCGGCUUUCAGAGGGCCAGGAAUGUUUGUUUCUUGACCUGGGUGAGGAUUACACGCAUAUGUUCAGUUUCACCGGGAAUUUGUCAAGCUGUACCUCUACUUGUGCAUUUUUCUCUAUGUAUGUUUCUCUGUAGUUAUGUUGGAGAGGGAAAUUAUACAUGUACAAAUAUAUUGUAAGUACAAAGAAAGUUGUUUAGAGAGGAAUUUGGCAAUAGCUAACAAAAUUGUGUAUGCAUUUUACCCUUUGACACAGUAAUCCUCAUUUCUAGGAAUCUAAAUAUACACAAACUAUGCACAAAGUUA